AUGCUCGCCCAGCUCUGGUCUCGAAUCAACCAGGACAACAUCCCAUGCCACUACCGAUCCGACCCGCUCUGGCGCUGCGAGACCCGGCUGUACCACUGCUGCGGGCACUACACCAACCCCAACUGCUGCCACUACUGGUACCCGGACAUAUUCACCCCGUGGGACGACUGCGAGUUCGUCACGGCGGAGGCGUACUUUGCGAGUCCGGACCGCGUGGUCGUGCCGCUCCCCGAGACGCCCGUGGCCCCUCCCCGCUCUCUCAGGACCACGUGGUGGCAGGCCAUCAAGCGCGUCGGGCGCUCCGCGGUCCGAACUGCCCGGGUGUACUACCUUGGCCGGGAAGUUGUCGAGGAUCGUGAACUUGUCGCCCGGGUCCUGGCCCGGCGCCGGGCGAUGCGGGAGGACGAGGAAUCGGUGAUGCGCUUGGUCGAGGCGGGAUACUUGGGCAUGGGGCUAUGGCUUCACCAGUUGGACGAGGACGAGGAGGUUGACGAAGAUGACGACUUUGAGGAUGUGGAUUAUAGCGACGACGACGAUGACCAACACGACAACAAUCAUCACAGCGGCGUCCAUCCCACCGGCGGCCUGACGUUUCUGGAUGAGACGAACAUCACGGCAUCAGCGGUGAAGGGACAAGAACGCUCUGGAGGGCUUUCCGCCAUGGGGAAGAGGAAACGGGAUGAGUGACGGCGAGAGGCUGAUGGGUAGGGGACAAUUGAUACAAGGCGACCGGCGAAGGGCAGACGUGGCAGAAACAGGGCUGGGCUAUGGAUUGAUGGCAUCUCAAGAGUGUCCAUGGCUUGUUUAGAAGUAGCAUUCGCACCUUUCUGCUGUACAUGUACCAGCAGUGCUCUGAGACCUUAUGGAUCAAGAUAGACUGACGCCCCUAGUAGGGAAUGGUGAAGCAUGACUUCUUGGGUAGAGGCAGUCCAUUCAACAGAUUCAAGGAGAAGAGCGGAAAGAUCGGAUCUCAAAUCUCUGCGUCAUAUAAGUCUGGUCCCGAAAAGUUCACGUCUCUUUUCCCUUGUCUGAUAUGCAGAGAACAUGGGCUUAAAAGUUAC